UGUGAUAGUAAACGCUUUUGUCUUUGACCAAGAGAGAUGGACAGUGAUAGAUGCUAUGAAUGACAUAUAUACAGAUGUGUCUGUUCUGUUGUACCUACCAAACGUUAUCUGUCCUGAAUGUGCCCUUAGGACGAUGAAUGCGGGUGGAGUAUCUUUCUCUUAUCAUUUUGUUAAUCGGGCGUGUUUGAUUUACAAUACCUGUCAUUUUAGAAAGCCUCCGAUAUCAAAAACCUUGGAGCCAAGUGAGGGAUGGAGACACUUCUGUUCAAAUAUAAAUGUAACUUCUAGAAAUGGUGAAACUUGGCUUGACUUAGGUACUCUUUUAGUGAGAAGAAAUUCAAUUCGUUUUGACGUGAAAGCACGCAAUGAUGUGUAUUUUGGGCUCUCCUCUCAAAACACAUCAACUGGGUCUGGUUAUUUGGUUCUAUUAGGAGGAUGGAACGAUAGAGCGUCUUGUCUGAGAGACGGAUUUGUUUAUGGAAGUACCUGUUUCUCGACGUAUCAUGGAUCUGUUCUCAGUGACACACAAUACACAAAGUAUUGGGUCACCUGGAUGUUUGGUCGCAUUAGAGUAGGAUUCGGGGAAACGAUUGGUAAUAGAACAUUCAUAGAUCAUACAUUUCCUCAUGUAUAUCCAGUGAAUAACCUGUUGCUUAGCAGCUCAGAAGCUGGGUGGAUCAUUUACCUGUAAAAUGCUAGUGUUGAAGAGGUAACUCAUGAAUUGUAUCUAAACAUGUCUUCUUCUUUUUUAUCUGUGUGCAACUUUGAAUUCAUUUGUGUUAUUACCUCUCACCUGCGGAGGCAAUGAAGGAAAGGAUCUUGUCCAUUAAGAAUACUUUAGUCAGU